UUUGACGUCCGCGUCCGAUCGACAGUCAAGCGCGGAAAGCCGUCGUCGAUAGUGCGCGAUUGUGUGCCCUUUUACAAACCGCGUUUCGCAAUUUAUUACCGCGAUGCGAGGGAUUCGACGACGACGGCGAGUCAGAGUGCAUCGCGCGUGAUCGUGCGUGGGUGCGUGCGUUGGAUGGGCGCGUGCGCGCGCGCGCGCGCGCGAGAUGCGGAUCGCAUUGUGCGGAUGACCUCGAUUUAAGAAUGGUUGGCGUCUGGUUCGGAUUCGGAGGAAAGUCCAAAGAUCUCAAGAAUAAAAUUCAUGCGCAGAUUUACGUUUGUGCCGCAUUCGAUCUUUCAAUCGUACAAUCAUUACACAUUGCGCUAGUUAAUGUCCGAGAUACGACUUUUUGAUUCACGAUCCAUUCAUUCCAUUCGAUCGCGGCUCUGCCGUUCGAGCAUACGAGUAUCGACGACGUGUCCGACUCGAUGUUUCGCCAUGCGUAGAAGCCAUCUUCGUGAACCAGUCGGGCAACAUUCCUGCGUCCAGACUGCCUCCGACGCGUUCACCGCCUUACCUCUCUGACUUCUGUUCGGACUUUCCUCAGCGAACGUCGCCGAAUCCACUCGCCGAGAGCGCGCCACGAGUAUGGAGCCUGCUCAAGGCGUACCAUUCGAGGGCUGUUAAGAAUCGCCGCAAGAAUCUGUUGCGGGACGAAUCACGAUCGUGUCCUAAAUCCGUGAUUCGGAAGGAUUACAAAAACACAGACACGAGAGGAGAGUGUCGAACCGAUUGGUUAUUUCAUCAACAAAGUUCAUCGCGAGUCGAACCGGCUUUAUCUUAACCGAAUGCUUUCGGAUGUGAUCGUGAACAGCAUGAGAUUGCCGGUGAUAGCUGUCAUCGCGCUGGCUACCUUCUCGCUUGCCGAGCUUGAUCUUCGAGGUGCCAAGUGCGGCGAGAAACGUUGCAAUGUGUCGGAAUAUUGCAGCCCCUUCGACAUGCACUGUAGACCAUGUUCGGUCGCAUGUGACGUGAACAGCCACAAUUAUCAACCAGAGGAGUGCACGAAAGACUGUCAAGUUUAUCUUCAUGAUCAACGCUACAUGGAACGUAUGGAUUCAAAUAGGCAGUACGAUGAUCUCAGAGAGGAGAUGCAAAGACUCAAGAAUUGGUUCGCGAUCACAACGACGUUGACCUGUUUCUCACUAUUGGGAAUGCUGUACCUGCUGGGAAAGACUUUAAUACGGUGGGAAAGGAUCCAAAACACCUUGCGUGCCGUAUUCAGAAAGAAUCUCGUGAAGGUGGCGAAUAAGAAUAAAGAGGACAUGGAGACCGCUGUGAAUAAACAAAGUGAUCUCAAAUUGACUAUACCGAGCAUAAGUGCAACAGUUGAAUCAGAAGCCAAGAUCACCGAGAACAGUAGUAGUAAUAGUAACGGGAAUAGCACUACCCCGAAUACCACGAGUACCCCUCUGUCACGGCGAUGUGCCAGCGAGGACACCACGCUCGAUUAUGCGUACGAUAAUCCGGCGAUGACGCCGAGCCCAGAAGCGGCGCAGCUUAGAACAAAAGCUCGCGAGAGCUCGUUUUAAGAUUAUAGAUUUAACGCAACUUAAGGAGCUACACCUAAGAUUGUUCUCGACAAAGUCGAGAAGCAGAUCUUAAAACGAACAAUAUUCCUAAAUGAAAAUGUUUGUACGUUUUAAAAAAAAAAACACACAAUUUAAAGUUCCGCGAAAGGAACAACCUUUGUGAUAUUGUAAUUGUUUUUGUGAAAAAAAGAAGAAAUGUUUGAUCAGAGAAUAUUGAAAGAAAAAAAAAAAAAAAAAAAAAAUUGUUUUACCGGAACUUUGAAUGAUUCUGGUCUAAGUGAGCAGGAAAAUGGAAAUAGGAUGUGACAAAGUGCGAUAUGAAUGAAAUAUGACGUGGCUAGUAUUUUUUAUUUUGCGAUUGUACAUUGAAGUAUUUUGUAAGAUUUUUCACGUUUUUACGAACGAGGAUUUUUUGGGAUAUUAUAAAUGCAUAAUGGAAUGGAGGACGAUCGAACGAGAUCGUUCGUCGCCACUUUGUCUUUCUUAUAUAUAAAUGCUCGCGCGACUUUUCUCGUGUAUUUUAAAGAGUUUCUAAAAGCGAUAUUCACAGUCGAUUGGUAUUCCAUGAAUAACCGCAGCCUCGCAUAGAAUAAUCAUUCAUAAUUAUUUUAUUUCACAAUAAUCUCUGAAUCAUUAAAUGCCGCGUCAUAAAUUAAAUGACUUGAUAUUAAUGACAAUUUCAAUUAAAGCUUAGAAUAUAACGUGUGAUUAUUUUUUUAUAUCGUAAAUAAAUUAGAUGUAAAAUAAGAAAAGCAAUAUUUCAAUUAUAACAACACAAUUGUGUUUUUGAAUCGAAACUGUGAGUAUCGCUCUAAUUACUUGUAUAAUUUUUAUAUAGUGUAGUAAAUUUGGAGUGACUCGUGAAUGCGUAUUACGCCUCCGCGAACCGUGCGGCUGUGUGACUUAAUUAACAUUUAACGUGAUUAACGCGACGUGCUCGCGCAACUUGCAUAUAUGCGCGCGGUGCAAUCUCGUCGACUCGAUGCUCUCAGUCUUAAACUAUCGUCGUCAUGGCGAAAUAUCUUGUUUCAACGAAAUUACAAUACCAAUGCCUCCAUUGUAUUUUGAAAAAAACUGUGAUGUGCGUUGCCUCUAAAAUAAUUUUUUCCUCAAUUUAAAAUUAUUUUUUCAUUAAUUUUCUUUCAGUUUAUAACUAUCUUUUUGUUAGUAAAUUUUUUUUGACACUCCUUUUUUUAUGUCAAAUUUUCUGAUCCUAAUAAUUAAAUUAUACAGCGAGAAAUAUUCUUUAGCGGACAUUUUAAAUAUUUUGACAAUUGUUUUUUUUUUUUUUACAUAGAUAUUAAAAUGAUAUCAAUAUCACGAAUUAAAAGUCGACGAUCAGCGCUUAAAUGUUUGUAAGUUAUGCACUGCGUGCAUCAUAUAUGCCUUUAGUAGUAAGUACUUAAAUAUCUUAAGAGAGAAUCGCAUCCUUAUCAGCCAUUCCGUCCAUGAAAGGCCUUCGGAGCAAACGUGCGCAUGCAAGGCGCACUUUGCAUAGGUCAGUGACGUUGCACGCGAGGACGCGAAGGAAGAUCGAUAUUAAUUUUUGUGGCGAACCGACAAGCGCCAACGCUCAAGAAACAUUCUAACGUUUUUAAAUCCCGCGAUAACGUAUUUCAAAUGUGACUAUAACGGGGUGCAUAUACGUAUACUAUUUCACUUUAUUUGCUAUUAGUUCUGGAAAACUUUUAAAAAUAUUUAUUGCAUUUUUUAAUUUUUUUUUAGUUUCAAAAAUGUUGAAAAUAUUGACUGCUGAUAAUAGAAUUUUGCAUAAAAUGCAAUUUGCUCAAAACGAAUGCGCUCAAACAUCGCUUGCUCCUGGAAAAUUUUUUACAUUUAUCUACCGGGAGGAAGUGCUCGAUUGAUGCUCAGCUUUAUUGCUCAAAAUAAAAAAAAAUGUUUUUGUGAUUAAUAAUUUUUUAAACAAAUUUCAAUUUUAAUUACAAAAUUUUUCCAAUUAAAUAUAAAUUAAUUUACAUGAAGGAUGGCAAAUUAAAUAUGCGAUAAUGUUUUUGAUAUACCUUUUUAAAAAAAAAAUCAAAUAAUAUAAUAAUAAUCAAAUGAUAUUCUUGUGCAGAUUGAAUUGAUUAAUUCUACAAUAUCAAUUUUAGAAUUUGAAUUCACAAUAUUCAAGAAUAUUUAUUGAUCUUAUAACUUAAAAAAUUUAGACAAAAUUUAUAAAAAGUUGCCUAUUUCAAUAAUCGAAUUAAUUGAAAAAUUAACGUUUAUAUCAGUUGAAGAUAUCAAAUACUCCAUGCAUGCCUCGCAGACAUCACUGACCUUAGAUUUAAUCAUGUACACACCAAUUCACUAUUCUUAGCUAUUAGCGAAUUAGCAAUAAUUUCAUACACUACAGCGCAAUUUUCACUUUGCUUUUGAUUCACCUUUCGAAGGUGGAUCAACGUCUUCCAGAAAUGAAGAUAUUAACUUUGCCCAGAGGCAGCUCCUAGUCUUAAGUUCUCGUGUCGAAUUGUAAAUAUAGCGGAUAGAUUUUUCCCAGAAAGUCCCUGUUUUUUUCGUUGUUCGAUAAGUUUAAGUAAGAAGAUAUAAAGGAACUUUUUGUUUUCCCAUCAAAUGUUAAAAAGUGUAAAAAUAAUAAUGGCUUGAAAUUUUAUAAGUAUAAGCUCUUCUCAACUUUUCUUCCAAUAUAUUUCAAUAAAUUUUAUUUAAUUUUAAUUAUCUUAUUAAUUAUUUUAGUGAAUGCGAGAAGUAUGGUUUUUUAUUCCGGAUUUAAUAUAAUUAUUAAAUGCACAUUAUAUGACAUUACAUGAAUAUAUAUUGACGAUAUUAAACAGUUGAUUAAAAACAUAUGCUCUAUAUAUUCUCGAAUAUGCUCUGAUAUUCUCAAUCUUUCAAAUCAUUUUAGAAAAUAUUAGAUACAUAAAUAUUAGAUAUUUGUUUAUUAAUUAUUAUUAAUAAUAAUAAUUUUAAUAUAUCAAAUAUUUGUUGUUGCGAGAACGUUGACAUUUUUUUGCUUUAUUUUUAGCAGAGCAUGUGCAUUUGGAUGUGUUUGUUAGUCUUACAUAGCAUGUUCUGAGAAAAAUGUAAUCGAAAAAAAUAUUAACGGCGUGCCUUUUCGACGGAUCUUUUGGAAGUUGAAAUAUAUUUGUAAUAUAGAAAAUAAUAUAACUAUGUGUAAAUAUAAUAUAAGCCAGAAAUAACGAUCUUUUAUCUACAUACGUAAAAUAUUAAUUAUCUUCAGUAAUUUAAAUUAAUUGCAUUAGAAGUUUUUGAACUUGUUAGGUUAAUGUGUGCCAAAAUUUUAUUUAUAAAAAUAUUCUAUAUAAUACAUACAUAUACAUAUAUGUGAGAAUUGUUAUCAAUUUUUUGAUCAGUUAAUAUUUUAUUCUCAUAAAAAUAAAUAACUUAUUCAAUUUUAAAUAUUGUAUAAAAUAUAUGCUGCAAUUACAUAUAUAUUUUACGUAUGUAUAUAAAAAUGUCGUUUUUCGAAAGAUAUUGUUAGCAUCGAUAUUUAAAAUACAUUUGUUUAAUUCAUUGAUUUAUCCACUACAUUGCAUCACAAGAUAUAAAUAAGAUGUGGCUUAACUAUAGUCGCGAAGCUAAGUAAGGCGCUUAAAAUUAUUAAGACUCGUUAAUACGACGAUUUUACAACGUUUGUAAACAUUAUAAUAUUUGUAAAAUAUUUUUGUUUGCUAUAUCGUGUAUAUUGUGAAGAAUUUAUAUUUGUCAUAAGUGUCAUAAGUGAUUCAGAAAAAUCGACGCGAUAUACAUUCCAUUGUAGAUUUUUUGGAGAUACGUUAGUGUCGAAAUAUAUUUAUAUCUUUCGAGCGAAUAUCAGAUAUUUUACUGAUUGUUACCAUAUCGCUUUCGAAAAAGAGUGAAUAUGCAUCGUUUUUAAUUACAUAUAUUUCUGAUGUCGCAUUUUUCGUGUUAAUAUACGAUAAAAUAUUUUUACCGAGCAGUUGACGUCUUCGUCUUUUGUAAAUAAAGAGAUAUAUAGCAAUGAA